CGUGGUGUGGUUGGUUAUCUUUGUUUUAUUCGGUAUAUCCUCACUACAUAAUAUCCGCACAGUUCAAAACAUUAUAGAGGCAUCGGUACGAUCUUCAUUGACGUCAUUGUCGUCGAGUGUUUUGCACAAUGAGUACUCCAGUGAAAAAAGUUCCAAUUCAUUUACAGAGCGCACAAAAUCGAUUACUUAUUAAAAAUGGUAAACUUGUUAACGACGAUGAAAUUGCCGAAGACGACAUCUACAUCGAAGAUGGGGUAAUUAAACAGAUAGGAAAAAAUCUCAUUAUACCCGGCGGUACCAGGGUAAUCGAUGCUAGGGGACGCUACAUUCUCCCAGGAGGUAUCGACCCCCACACUCAUUUCGAAUUCGAAUUUAUGGGUACCGUGUCUGCUGACGAUUUCUAUCAGGGUACGAAAGCUGCAGUUGCAGGAGGCACCACCACUGUCAUUGAUUUUGCCUUUCCAAAAAAAGGGGAGUCCUUAUUGGAUUGCUUCUAUAAAUACAGGCAAAAGGCUGACGGCAAAGUAUGCUGUGAUUAUUCUCUACACGUUUGCCUUAAUCAUUGGUCGGAACAAGUUAAACAUGAUAUGGAAGUUUUGUGCAAAGAGCAUGGCGUUAACUCAUUUAAAAUGUUCAUGGCGUAUGAUUUUAUGCUAAAUGAUGGAGACUUGUAUAGUGCUUUUGACCAUAUUCGAACAUUAGGAGGUGUUGCUCAAGUUCAUGCAGAAAAUGGUUCCAUUAUUGCCAAGAACGUAGAAAAACUUAAAGCCAAAGGCAUUACAGGCCCCGAGGGUCAUGAAAUGUCUAGACCAGAAGAUGUGGAAGCUGAAGCUGUUAAUAGAGCGUGUGUUAUUGCAAACCAGGUAGAUUGUCCGUUGUAUAUAGUGCAUGUGAUGAGUAAAUCUGCGGGAUUAGCAUUAGAUCAGGCAUGCAAAAGGGGGACCCGCGUAUAUGGAGAGACUUUAGCUGCCGGAUUGGCAACAGAUGGGAGACAUUAUAAACACGAAUGUUUCCAUCACUCUGCUGGCCAUAUACUUAGCCCCCCUCUUCGACCAGAUCCCCAAACACCGUUUCAUUUAAUGAAUUUCUUAGCACAAGAUGUACUGCAAGUAACAGGCAGUGAUAAUUGCACGUUUACCAAAGAACAAAAAGAGCUGGGUAAAAAUGAUUUUACAAUGAUUCCAAACGGCGUGAAUGGAGUAGAAGAUCGUAUGAGCAUUGUUUGGGAGAAAGGAGUCCAAAGUGGUAUCAUAGAUCCAUGUCGAUUUGUUGCUAUUACAAGUACAAAUGCUGCCAAAAUAUUCAACUUAUACCCCAGAAAAGGCUGUAUAGCUGUCGGAUCAGAUGCUGAUGUUGUUAUUUGGAAUCCAAACGCUACAAGAGUUAUAUCUGCCAAAACACAUCACCAUGCAAUCGAUUAUAACAUAUUUGAGGGUAUGGAAUGUCAUGGAGUUCCAGAGUAUGUCAUAGUAAACGGAAGAGUUUGUGUCGACGAGGGGCAGCUCAGAGCUGUACAGGGUCAUGGUCGUUUUGUAGAAACACCCAUUUAUCCACCCUUUAUUUAUGAACCUAAUAAAGUUCAAUAUUUAAAGCCAGAGAAAAAUGGAACUUCUGAAGUGGACCAUUUAGAUUUAUAUAAGGUUGAGAUUGAAGAAAAGGUAUGUCCGACACCCACUCUUCCAGAGUCUCAAGUGAGCACUCCAUCAUGUAGAGCACCUAGACCAGAGGGGCAAAGAAACAUCCAAGAUUCUACGUUUUCUAUAAGCGAGGAGCUAGAUGUGGAAAGAAAGUCGUGUAUCCGUGUAAAAAAUCCUCCUGGUGGAAAGUCUUCUGGAUUUUGGUAAAAAAAAUCAACCACCACAAUGUGUUCGCUUAUGUAAUGCUUUACAGUAAUAUCAUUAUUAUUAAAAAAAAUACCAAAGUUAUAAAACAAUUUUUCUAUAAUUUUCUUAUAGUAGUCACUUAUUUCAUGAAUAUAGAUAAUUAUUUUAAACUAACUUUUUAUAGGCAUUAUAGCGAUUGACUUUUAGAAUUAAUAUAAUUUAAUCAAAUUAUUUAUUUCGUUGUUUUAUAUUGAUGUUAUGUAGAUUAUUCUGGAAGGUUGUUUAUAUGAUAAACGUAAAAAAAAUAAUUGCUUUAAUAAUUUCAUUUUCAAAUCAGUUUAUCUAUCAAAUAGAUAGAAUAACAUAUAACAUACAGUUUAUUAAAGCUAGUGUCUGUUAAAUUUAAUUAAAGAAACAUGGUGGAGUUAAAUGUUGCUUGAGCUGAUAUAGUAAUUUAAAAAUUAGAAUUAAUAUGAAUAUUAAAUUAAUUAAUUUUAUUAUAGUAAUAUGUUAAGUGUUUAUUAUUUUAUAUUAUGAUUUAAGUUGUCAUUAAAUUAUGGUACAAAUCAAGAUAUUUUAUGUCUGCAAUAGCUGCUCUAUAACCUAUAAAUUUUAAUAAUUUUUAGAGGACUUUUGUACAUUAAUUAUGACAUUUCUUUUCACAGUAAUUGCCUAAGCAUUAUAAAUGCUUAACAGGUCGAUCAAAUUGAAAAUUUAGGAUAUAGUGACUUUGUAUGUCAACUCUGACUAUAUAUUAUUAACAAAU